GCAGAAGGAUGAGAAGAAAGGUGGUAACUGCAGCUGCCUAAUGAAUGAAGGCGCAAUAAUGCCCUAUGAGACGGUGUGGAGGUCCCGCGCGCAAGAAAAGGUGAUUUCCUGUGAGUUAAUCUGAAGAAGAAGAAGAAGAAGAGUCGUCAUCUUGGCUGAGAAGUUUGCCUCAGAAGUUGUCUCAAUUAAUAACCAGCAGAGAUGAGAUCGAACAUGUCUGCAAGUUGGAUAGUCCGAGGCUGGAUAACGUGCGUCCUCGUCGCCUUUUACGCACAGAACGCUGUCUCCAAAUCUCUCCAGUGUAACGAAACACAUUAUUUAAGAGGCUCCAGAUGCUGCAAGAAGUGUGAACCAGGCUUCCGUGUGUUUUCCGACUGCACCCAUUCCCAACAGACUAUAUGUAUUAAAUGUAAUCGGGGUGAAUACCAGCCUGGCUGGACUGAAAACAUGCGCUGUCUUCAGCAGAAGCUCUGUGACCAAGGUAAGGGUUUUAUGGAGAGGCCUGAAAACCCUGUGGCAGAGGAGCCGUGUCGCUGCCUUUCCGGCCUCCAAUGCUACCCCAUCAACUGUGAGUACUGUGAGAAGAUACCCAACUGCAGUGCUGGAUAUGGACUCGAGUUGGACCUCGAGUCUACUAAUGGAAGGAAGACAUGUGCUGCAUGUAAGAAAGGCUUCUUCUCUGCUGACAAAAGUGGCGAACAAUGCAAACAAUGGACUAAUUGUAAGGCUGAGGACAGGAGUGAAACACAGCCAGGCAGUGCUCAGGCUGAUGCAGUGUGUGGACCACCUGUCUCUGGUGCAGCACGCUCCUGGGUUAUAGUUCUCGUGCUGUCAGUCAUCACUGUUCUCUGUCUCCUCAUCCUGCUCCUCUUCUGCUACAAGGACAAACUGAAGUUACUCUCUGUAAAUCUGCGAUCCUGUGUCCAGAAUCUAAAGAGGACUAGGAUACAACAGGAGACCUUGGCCCCUCUUUACCACAGUGGAGGAGGAUUAGGAGGUGGCCCCAAGUAUACACCAUGUGAGACGACCAAACUCGUCUGCCAAGCCCCCCACAGCCCCUCUGAUGAGCACCCAUGCACCUUUCCCACAUCCAUUCCCGAUGUCAAGGUCUCACUGCCCUUCACGGGGGAAAGGACAAAGGAAGAAGGGACCAAGGGGAAGACGGUGAUGGAGGAUCAGAGUGAAGGGUCUGGAGAACCUGAGGAGGUGUCAGAAGAAGAGGAGGUUGUGAGUGUGUCACCUCUUUUGGCAGGUUCUUGUGUGUGUCUCAUUCCUGUCCGCGAGCCAUUGGAAGUAGGGGAGAAUGAGGACUGUAGCCAGGCUGUCAGCCCCGGGACUCCAGGAACCUGCUCGUGCGGAGGGCUGGAUGGAGAUGAGAGUGGGAAAGAAGAUAAAAGUGGGAGUGGGAGGGCAGACAGUAAUGGAGCAAAUGGUGAUCGAAAUGCAGAAAAGAUAGUUGUGUCCAAGAGUGAGACAGGUGCUGCAUCUCUUGUCCCGCUUUCUCCUCCACUCCUCCACAUCUCCUCCAUCAUCCCUCCAUCAAGUCCACUUCCUGAACUCUGCCUGCCGUUGUGUCAAGCUCAGAUGAGACCACAGUUCAAGCCUCACCUGACUGACAGGUCACCGGUAAAGCAGGAGGAAUUGUACAGACUGGCAAGCACAGACUCCACCUCGACAGAGAACAAUACAACCUCUGCGAUGACCUCGGUCAGCCCCUUGAUGACUUCUUCAUCUGUUGGAGAUCUCUACCUGGACAAGCCCCCCUCGAGCCCGGAGCAAGGCCAAGGACUUUCCUGGGGGGAUAGCAAGGGAAUCAAACUCUCUUCUGGAGAGUUAGAUCUUGAGUGUUCCCCUGAGAGCCUCCAUAGCCAGCUGACUGAACCAACUCUUACCUCAGGUCAGGUGUCUGGGAGCCACAACACCACCUUUAUCUCCAGCGGCCAGGUGAUGAACUUCAGCGGCGAUGUCAUAGUCGUCUAUGUGAGCCAGACGUCUCUCGGUAGUGAUGGGGCGGGUCAGGGCGACGCCUUCAGGAGCCCUGUCCAGGAAGAGGCCAAUGAGACGGCCCCGUUUUUCCAGAGCAGCAUGAGGCCGCAAGGGGACUCCAUUAGUCAAAGCACCUUGCAAGACGAGACACUGCCAGUCCAGGAAGUGAUGGAGGAGCGGCCGCUGGGAAAGUGAAAAGUGACUACUGGCUGUUUGUUUGUCAGAAGAAGAAGUCUAAGAACAUUAUUGAUUUCCUAUACAGACAAGUACCCAUGGACUGAGCUACAUCUUUCCUCCGGGACAGUACAUUGAUCAUCUCAGUAACAAUCAGUUAGACAAUGUAAAAAAUGACCUCCGAUCAUUUCUGUUGGUUACUUCGCCUUAAAUGCUCCCAAUUACAUUAUAAAAAGCCUGAAUAAGUCUGUGUACCAUCCCUGCCUGCUGUACAAGAACAAAGAAAGGCUUUCAUUUCAAAUGAAGCUGAGCAGAGAGCAACUUUUAAAUGAUGUGGAGCUAUCGAUCUAUGCCUACAUCAUUUGUUUGGAUUCAUUUCACACAUUAGUCACCUAAUCUUGCCUUGGUUAUCUCCAAAGUGCCUUUAUUCAUUUUUUUAUUGGAAAGCUACAUCCUUUUUAAAAAUGGAAACUCCCUCCAUUCCAGACAAAGAUGGGGAACUUUGUUUGGAAUUAGUUGCGGAACUAGGGUUCAAACUGGAAGAACGUCAUUAUUGUUGUAUGGAAAUUGCAGCUGGGUCUUCAUAUAAUAGCAUUAGUACACCUUCCAUCAUUGACUAGCCCAGGUUAAACUCUGUACACUCCUGUUUUUAACAGUUCUAAAUUUGACAUUUGCAUGAUUUCAAGAGUGUCCUUGCAUAACAAAAUAUCCACCAUGUGGAAAUAAUUGUGAUUGUUCUCACAAAAUCAAGCCAUGAAAGUAAAUAUUUUUAUGUUAGAAAUCCAAUCUACACGCUACAUUACUAUCUGGCAUUUCAGUGAGUGAAUGUUCCAUUUUUGGGGUUGCAGGGUUCGACAAAAGCUAAUUUACAGUAAAGAGACGCAUCCAGUUUUAGUACGAUGCUUAUUUAUCCCGUAUGGCGACUUUUUUUAAAUUCUCUUCUUAUUGCACCAAGUGCAGUGUGUGUCUAAGAAAAAAAUGCUGUGCAUUUGAUAAGCUAUUUUAUUACUGGUUUGUUUUGUUUAAUUAUGUUUUAAUGCGCAAGCCUUUAUGAAGAAAAGUAAA